GGGGGGGGGGGAGGAGCGGAGGGAAGGUAAGAGAUUGUGGUUUUAUAUCUUGUGUUAGGAAUAAAUAAUCAAAUCGCAUACCAUCACACCAUUUUAUUCAAUCGUUCUUUUCUCCCUCCGAUUUCCUCGUUUUUCGUGCCCUUCUCUUCUAUCUCCAUCAUCGGCCAUCCCAUCCGCCUCCCAUUUCCUCUUUUCUUUCUUUCUUCUGACAGACAACAUAUAAAUCAUCGACCAAAUAGACAACAAAAGAGACAACAACGACGAGAAACCGUCAUUUAUGGCGUAAUAAAUGAGAGAUCUGACCCGUUUCUAACCACAUUGUUUCUGUCUCUCUUCUGGCUCUGCCUUUUUUUUACCAUCAUUUACUAUUCAGUGCAUUCAUCACCUUCCUUUCUCUAAUCCCAAGACGAUAAAACCCUUUCCCUUCCGCCCCGGUAUAUUAAUCACAUUUUGUUGUUUGUUAGCUGUAAUGAUGAUUUUAUUUUUUCGAUAAUAACUGGGGUAGCGUUGUUUCAUUUGUGUUUUCAGUUUUGUCUUAUGUGAGAGGGAAACAAAUCAGUGGAGACUUGUUGGUAUUGUCUGGAUCGAUCAGGGAUCUGUCAACAUUGGAUUGAAUCACAGGUUUUGUUAUUUCUUGAAACCCCAUUUGCUUAUUUAUCAACCCUGCGUUUUAGUUUCUCGGUGAUAGAGGCACAGAAGAGGAAGGAGGGCUUGUUUGUGAUAAAAAAGGGGUUGGAAAAUUUUAGUAGUUUUUGGAUGUUUGAGGUAGAAGAACGAUGGGUUUGUUGUGGGUGUUAAUGGUGGUUGCCAAUCUUGGAAAUGAAGUUUUGAUUGGAUUUCGAUAAGGGAUUUGUUUGUUAAUGGUGACUGGAAGUGGGCAAUGUUUUUUGUUUGAUUCUCCAAUGUGGUCAUUGGAGGAUUAUUUAUGACUUCUGACCAGGAAUUGCCUUCAUCUCUGGAUAAUUCUCCUGCAUCCAGGCAGCCAUUGCCUCAUCCUUCUGGCAGUUUUGGUGCUUUGGGCAUAUCUCGCCCAGAUGGUUCUUUCAAUACUUCUAUCCUCCAUCUUGCACGAGGAGAGCCAUUUGAGGUAGAUUGUUUGGAGAAUGAUAAAAGCGAGGUUCGAUUUGUUGGUGAUACUAACCUCCAUAGUGUGAACCCAGUUGGAGAAAGUUUCAAUUCGGUUGUGACUACGAAGAGGCUCCACUCUCUCGACUCUGAGUUUUUUGAGGAAGUUUCAUUGCAAUGCGCCACGCAACCAAGCAAACACCUCGUAUCGUGGGGUUCAAGUGCUAAGGAAAUGCUGCACAACGACAAUAACACAACCUUUUCUGCUAGCCUUGAGAUUUCAAGGGAUUCUGGUAACCUGGGCAAGCCUAAAGGGAGGAGCCGCCGGAAAAGUGUGCAGUUUGAUGAAGGUGUGUUGCGGGAAGAAGAUGCUCGGUUCAUCUACAUUAAUGAUCCGAGGAGAACCAAUGACCAGUAUGAAUUCACUGGCAAUGAGAUCCGAACCAGCAAAUAUACUUUGAUUACCUUCCUGCCAAAGAAUCUUUUCAUUCAGUUCCAUCGGGUUGCUUAUCUGUAUUUUCUGGCCAUUGCUGCUCUCAAUCAGCUUCCUCCUCUUGCAGUUUUUGGGAGAACAGUGUCCCUUUUUCCUCUCUUGUUUGUACUUUGUGUCACGGCGAUAAAAGAUGGAUAUGAGGAUUGGAGAAGGCAUAGAUCAGACCGCAACGAGAAUAACCGAGAGGCUCUAGUUCUAGAAUGUGGCCAAUUUAGAUCGAAGGAAUGGAAAAGGAUACGAGCUGGUGAAGUUUUGAAGAUCAGUGCUGAUGAGACGAUUCCUUGUGACAUGGUUUUGCUAGGGACAAGUGAUCCUAGUGGUGUUGCUUACAUACAAACAAUGAAUUUGGAUGGUGAGUCAAACUUGAAGACAAGGUUUGCCAAGCAGGAAGCAUCUUUAGCUGUAUUGGAAGGGGGUGCAAUUUCAGGGCUUAUAAGAUGUGAGCAGCCUAACAGGAAUAUUUAUGAGUUCACAGCCAACAUGGAGUUCAAUGGGCAAAAGUUUUCCCUUAGCCAAUCUAACAUUGUUUUGCGUGGCUGUCAGCUGAAGAACACUGGUUGGAUAAUUGGUGUUGUGGUGUAUGCUGGCCAGGAAACAAAAGCAAUGUUGAAUAGCGCAGCUUCUCCUUCCAAAAGAAGCAAACUUGAAGCUUACAUGAAUCGGGAGACUCUAUGGUUGUCUAUUUUUCUGUUCAUGAUGUGUCUGGUUGUCGCUGUAGGAAUGGGUCUUUGGCUUGCACGAUAUGAGAACCAGCUUGAUUAUUUGCCUUAUUACAGAAAGAGAUACUUAACUCCUGGGAAGGAUUAUGGGAAAACAUACAAAUUUUAUGGAAUUCCUAUGGAGAUUUUUUUCUCAUUUUUGAGUUCUAUCAUAGUAUUUCAGAUAAUGAUUCCCAUAUCUCUUUAUAUUACAAUGGAGCUGGUUCGAAUAGGACAGUCCUAUUUCAUGAUUGGAGACAGGCACAUGUACGACAGUAGCUCUAACUCAAGGUUUCAGUGCAGAUCUUUGAAUAUAAAUGAGGAUUUGGGUCAAAUACGCUAUGUUUUUUCAGACAAGACAGGGACACUUACCGAGAACAAAAUGGAAUUUCAAAGAGCAAGUGUAAAUGGGAAAAAUUAUGGGGGCUCUUUGCUAACCGCUGAUCAAUUGCUGGAAGAGAAUGUUUCAGGUGCAACCACCAAUAGGAGAUGGAAACUUAAAUCUACAAUUGCUGUUGAUUCUGAACUCUUGGAGUUGUUGCACAAAGAUUUAGUUGGGGAUGAAAGGAUUGUUGCACAUGAGUUUUUCCUUGCACUAGCUGCUUGUAACACCGUGGUCCCAAUUCGUACUCAUGAUGGAUUUUCUAGCUGCACAGACUGUCAAUUUUUUGAGGAUGUAGAAACCAUUGAUUAUCAGGGUGAAUCUCCUGAUGAGCAAGCAUUAGUUGCUGCAGCCUCUGCUUAUGGUUAUACUCUCUUCGAGCGAACAUCUGGACAUAUAGUAAUUGAUGUUAAUGGUGAGAAAUUAAGGUUUGGCGUGUUGGGCAUGCAUGAAUUCGAUAGUGUCCGGAAACGAAUGUCUGUUGUAAUCAGAUUUCCUAACAAUGCUGUAAAGGUGCUGGUCAAAGGUGCUGAUACUUCAGUGUCAAGUAUUUUAGCAAAAGACUCAGGAAUCGAUGAUCGUGCCAGGCGUGCAGCAACACAGAGUCAUUUGACUGAAUAUUCAUCACAAGGUUUACGCACACUUGUGAUUGCUGCAAGGGAUCUUACAGAGGAAGAACUUGAGCUGUGGCAAUGCAGGUUUGAUGAUGCAAGCACGUCUUUGACUGAUAGAGCAGCAAAGCUACGUCAAACAGCAGCUCUCAUAGAGUGCGACUUGAAUUUACUUGGUGCAACUGCAAUCGAAGACAAGCUACAGGAAGGUGUGCCAGAAGCCAUUGAGUCCCUCCGGCAAGCAGGGAUAAAGGUCUGGGUUCUGACUGGUGAUAAGCAAGAGACGGCAAUAUCUAUUGGCCUCUCUUGCAAACUCCUGGUGCCGGAUAUGGAACAAAUUAUUAUAAAUGGCAACUCAGAGAAUGAAUGCAGAAAACUUUUGGCAGAUGCUAAGGCCAAGUGUGGUUUAAAACCAUCGAAUAAAGGAAGCCAAUAUUUGACAUGCAACAAGAAUGCUGAAAUUGACCACCUUGAGAGGCCAGAAAGGAAGGAGGAAGCGCCAAUAUCGCUCAUAAUUGAUGGGAACAGUUUGGUGUACAUUUUGGAGAAAGAACUAGAGUCAGAUCUUUUUGACAUCGCAACUUAUUGUAAGGUCGUGCUUUGCUGUCGUGUUGCGCCAUUACAGAAGGCAGGGAUUGUUGAUCUAAUCAAGAGCCGAACAGAUGAUAUGACAUUGGCUAUUGGUGAUGGAGCUAAUGAUGUUUCAAUGAUCCAAAUGGCGGAUGUUGGUGUUGGAAUAUGUGGCCAGGAAGGGCGUCAAGCUGUUAUGGCAUCAGAUUUUGCUAUGGGACAGUUUCGGUUUCUGAACAGACUACUUUUGGUACAUGGACACUGGAAUUAUCAACGCAUGGGUUAUUUGGUUCUCUACAACUUCUACCGCAAUGCUGUUUUUGUAUUGAUGCUGUUCUGGUAUAUAUUGUUCACAGCUUUUUCAACAACUUCAGCAUUGACAGAUUGGAGCAGUGUUCUUUAUUCUGUUGUCUAUACUUCUGUGCCUACUAUUGUUGUUGGUAUUCUGGACAAGGACUUAAGCCAUCGGACACUGUUACGGUAUCCAAAAAUUUAUGGUGUGGGGUAUAGACAUGAGGCCUACAAUAUACGUCUAUUCUGGGUCACAAUGGCUGAUACACUGUGGCAGAGUCUUGUUCUCUUUGGCAUACCUGUCAUCGUUUAUAAGGAGAGCACAAUUGAUAUAUGGAGCAUAGGCAAUUUGUGGACAGUAGCUGUUGUUAUCAUUGUCAAUGUACACCUGGCAAUGGAUGUUCGACGUUGGGUUUCUAUUACUCAUAUUGCUGUUUGGGGAUCUGUGAUCGUUGCAUUUGCUUGUGUGGUAGUAUUGGAUUCUAUACCUAUCUUCCCUAAUUAUGGGACCAUUUACCAUCUGGCAAAGUCACCUACCUAUUGGCUUACCAUUUUUCUCACAAUAGUUAUUGGAUUGCUCCCUCAUUUUCUUUUUAAACUUGUACACCAUCAUUUUUGGCCUUCAGACAUUCAGAUAGCAAGAGAAGCUGAGAUAUUGAGAAGAGGACCUGAUUAUUGGGUAUCAAAACCUGUUGGAGGUUCCAGUUGAGAUGUAAAUUACGUUGUGGAAAUACACUUGAAGAUGGCUCCCAUCAAGUUAUCCAUUCUCUGGACUUCCUGUUACAUGAAGCUGUUAAGUUCAAUGGCAUUUGACAGCAAAGCAGCAGAACUGUGUAACAAAUAAAAGGGAAGGCAGGAUGGUCUGUGAUGACUGGCUGGCACAAACAGAAACAUUUCCAUGAUUUAGUAGGAGCUCAUUGAUUGAAAAUAGGUGGAAAAUGGCCUUAAUGGAUGGAGCUCAGGCAACUUAGUUGAUAUAUAUAGGUAUCAGCAGAAGUGAAAUUGCUUUUGUGGUAGUCAGAAUUUAGAAAUGAUAUCACAAUGAAGAGGGUCUAUGGACAAAUGAAGAGAAGGGAGAGAGAAAAUGAGAGUUGUCCUGUGGUGCUCUGGGACCUAAUAUCCCAAUAAGAAGGAACACAUAGCAGGAAGAAAACCGAAUUAUUAAUGAGGUCAACUUUCCAUUCGAACCUCUUAGCAGCUACCUAAUUUGUUGAACUGGUGUCUUCUUAUAGUCUGUCUUUGACUGCUACCUUGAUCUGAAAUUUUUGUUUGGUUGAUUGGUUUUCUUCUUCUUUUUGUCAUUUUUGUUAAUGGAGUCCUACAUCAUCUGGAGUCCAUGUCAAGGCAUGUACUUGAAGACUCUAUACCAUGUAAAAUUGAUUGUAUCUGUAUGCUAGCAGUUCUCAUGUCCAUGCUGCUUGAGGACAAUGGAUACUAAUUAGUCAAUUGGUGCCUACGGUUUUUGUC